AUUUUUAUGUUUACGACUGGUUAAGAGAAAACGUUAUCAUUUUUGAGCGGCAUAGAGUCAUUAAAAUGGACUCUCUUUAUCUUUUUAAACUCAGUGUUUGUAAGCAAGAGAUCAAGCUUGCUUUACAUUUUAAAAGUAGAUUCCUCAUUCAAUUGCUGAAACAAGAUUUAUUGUUUAUGAAUAACAAUUAACAAGAUUGAAAAUCACCCUCCCACUUAUAUAUGACGUUUAUUAUAAGCACGACUAAACAUCGAAACGUUGACCACGAUGCAUAGGAGUCAAUUUAACACCAUCAAAUUUUUGUUAUGAAAUGCUCGUAAAUAUGUAUGGCUUAGAAUAUUUUAGCGAAGAAAUAAUUAAUUAAAUGACAUGAAUGCUAUGAAUGGUUAUGGUUGACAAGGAAAAAGUUCUCAUUGUUUCCGGAGUACUUGGCUCAGUCUGUAUAGUAUUACUUAUAAUCCUGCUCUACCUUGUACGAGCCGUGCGUCAUGGUAAAAAUCAAUCAUAUCGACGUGAAAAGCGACUUCCUCCUGGGAUCAUAGUGCAGGAUAACGUAGACGAAUUUUUGCCCAGUACAACAACACACAGGGUCCAAAGCCCUUUUUCUAGCCCCCAUGCAGUCAGUGCAGAGCAUCUAGACCACCGUUACUAUGGGCCUGACAUGUCAAAAUUCUUUGGUGACAAAUAUGAAGGUCCACGACAUUAUGCAAGUACGAUGUCUUUGGAAUACCUCAACACGCCAAUAGGAUCGCCUGCCGUUAAGAUCCAACACCGGAAAUUAACCGCACGUCGUAGUUGCCCUAGUAGUCCCACAUCUCCUUUCAGUGAACGAUUACGAGGACAUAGUGUACUUGUGCCACAAAAAACGAGACUAAAGCGGAGUGGAACAUGUUCAUCAAGUUCAGAAAUGAUUGGAAGAUUAGAAUUCACCUAUUAUUACGAUAACAGAAAUCGUCAGUUACAUGUCAAUGUAAUUCAAGCAUUGGGUUUGCCUGGGGACAAGAAUCUUGAGAGUUAUGUCAUUGUUACGUUGAAGCCAGAUGAGAUGAGCUGGCAACGAGAGACAAAAUUUGUUUCUAACUCUACAGAUCCUCUUUACAAUGAGACAUUUCUUGUUUCCGGGGUUGCGCAUUCCAAGAUUCGGGAAUGUUUUCUGCACUUUCUUGUUAUGAACAAUGGUGAAAACAAAGCCAUUGGUCAAUUGCAGAUACCUCUUGCAGAUGUUCAACCAAAUAGAAUCACCAGUAAAUGCAUUAGCUUGUUACCAGUAAUCUCAGAUGAUUUGACAGAUUCUGUGUUGAGUGAGACAAAUGGACAGGGAGAAGUUUUGGUUUCACUUUCUCACAAUCCCUCGGAGGGAAAACUAUCCGUUUCCAUAAAAUCUGUCAGAGGACUACCAGGAAUAACCAAGAAUGGAAAAAUCGACCCGUUCAUCAAGAUUAGAGUUUUCUUUUGCGGUGAAAGGAUUUACAAUAAAAAAACAUCAGUACAACAUGACACGAAGACACCAAAUUUCGACGAAACAUUUGACUUUGUCGUGACAAAAGACAAAAUGCCACAGACAAGUGUUAUUCUAAGAGUCUACCAUCAUAAACGAAGAAUGAAUGUUCUGAACAAGAACGUUCUAAUUGGACUUGUAUUUCUGGGUUAUCAAUUUGAAUUAUUUGGACAACACCCCUUUAUGUUGGAUAGUGGUGCUCGCCAUUGGGCCACUGUUAUAGAGAAACCACUUUUGUCCGUGGAGGAAUGGCACCCAAUACAAGCACUUCCCGAAUAAGACAAGAAUACAAUAGUUUAUUAUAGACAAUGACUUUCAUAUUUUAUAAAAGUAGAAAAUGUUCUUUAUCAAUAUCGUAGUCUAAUCUCUCUCUCAAAAAAAGUACCUACAUUUACUCCCCAAUCCAGCGUACAUCAAAGUAAAUUACAACAGCUCAUUAUUGGCUAAAUGUACAUUUUAAAAUACUGUACAACCAAUCAAAUUGGUAGCAUUUUAUUUUUUACAAAUGCGAAACCAAUAGCGAAGUAUUUAUCGUUUAUAAUUGAGCAACAAUGGAUCUGGCAGUCCCUAUGUUAAAUCAUGAACAAUAUUAUUUAUUAUUUAGCAAACGAAAACAUUAUACCUAUGCAAAUUUAGUUUAAAUCUCCAUUUUUCUUUCUACGUAUCAGGAAACCGGAAAUUUAUUGAAUAAAGUGCUAUACGGAAUACAACCUUCUAAUGAGUGCAUUGUAAGGAAUUUGUAAUGUAGAGGUCGCUACUGAUCUUAUUAACAUUUGCUGAUACAAAUGAUAUUGAUAAAAGCGCUUUUUUGAUAACUUUAACGAAAAAAAUCCAGUGAUCAAAUGAGUAGAGAAACUUUAGCUGUCACAAGUAUUUUGGCUUCAAUAUGUACCUUCCUCGUUAUUUUUAUUCUCUGUUUGUAUCGAAUCUACAGGAAACAACUGGCGUUGGAUGAAUCGAUUGUAGCAAGUGUUACAAUCCCAGAAUUCCCAAUUACACAUAAAUAUCGGCCACUACAAACGCACGAAGAUAUAGAUAGUUAUAUCGAUCCAAACAACUAUAGAAAACAAGAUGGGAAAGGCUCAGAAUUACAUGAAAACGUAGAAGGGCAAGAAGAAAGCAAUGUCACAGCAAUUCAUUUUUAUAAAAAUCAAAAAACAUUCAAUACAAAAAACUCUCCAAAACCUUUGCGUUCACGUAAUCUGAGAAAUUGUAGACGGUCAUCUUCGCUUGAGGAUUUUCAACAGUUCCACAACUUCUAUUCUCAGUUGACCCAAGGAGAUGGACGUCGACGGUCACAAUCAUUCAAUAACUGUCUACUUCAGGGCUCUCGUAAAAUUAACAUGAACGAGAAAAAGACUAGCUGUCGUAAAUUCAGAUCAACUCAAUCACAGGAUCUGUUAUCUAUCUUAGGAUACUCUCAACGUAACAAACUAUUGAAGAUGGCAUCCAUGACAUCUGAUGUUGGUGAAUCGAAACGACCAAUUGUUGAGAAUUCAAGGCUUACAGGACAGUCGUCACUUGGCGAAGUAUUAACAUCUUUGUGUUACAAUCCUUCGGAAAGUUUACUAACCAUCAAAAUCCUGCAUGCUAAAGAAUUGAAACCUCUCUUCAAGAAUAGAACAAUUAAUCCCUUCAUCAAGGUAAGAGUUUACGAUGAUGGAGAGAGAAUAUACAGUAAGAGAACCAGUACAAAGUACAACACGACGUCGCCAAAUUUCCUUGAGUCUUUUGACGUUAUUGUGACGAAGAGCAGAAUGGCGAAUACCAACAUUGUGCUGAGCGUUUACCAUCGCUCAAACGGCCCACUUCAUCGAAAAGUAAUGAGAGGCUCCAUCCUUAUUGGCGAGCGUUUUGAAUUACAUGAAUACUUCAUGUUAGAUAAGGCGAGACAACAUUGGAAGAUCAUUACACAGAAACCGUAUUUCAUCAUGGAGAAAUAUCAUCCAGUUCAAGCUAUCAGUUGAACUUGAAAAUAGACCUUUUCCUCUUUUUAUUGUACUUUGCUACGUGUUAAUAAACUGUAUUAAUUCAGACAAUGAAA